CCGAAGAGGGUUAGGGGGAAAGCAAAAAACGAGAAACUAAGGCGUCUGGUAAAAGCGGGGGGGCCUGUAUCGCUUACGUUUGACAGGCAGGUGACGUAUACCCCUGUUGGUAAAUCAAGGGAUAUGUUUUCACGGGAGGCCGGCCUGUAUAUGUGGCGGUCCAUCCCCUUCGAUAAAAUUGGAUGGGAUAACGUUGAACAACAUUACAAGGAUGCCCUCAUGAACCACUUACGGGUAAAUAACUUAUAUGCAUAAAAUUUUAUCAAAUAUUUAAGCACAUGCAAAUCUAAUUUAUAUAUGAUAUUUUAACUUUUUUAUUUAAUUUGUAGGAAAAUUUCAAUAUUGAUGAAGUGGAACGUGACUAUGAGGCCAAAAACUUGACGGGUGGCAUUAGGGCUGUGCUUAUGAAGCGGUACUCUGACCGCAAGUACGAGGCUAAAAAAUUAUUUAAGAGCAAGGGAGGUUACAAUGAUCUUGAGAGUGCACGAGCAUUCCAUCCCAAGGAUAUGCCCUAUGAUAACUGGUUGAGAACCAUUGAAGGUUUCCGGGAAGCUAAAUAUAUUAAAAGAAGCGAGGCCAACACACUAGUACGCGAGAAACAACAAUUCCCAUACCGUGGGGGGACAUCUUCGUACGGUAGCACCGCCUAUAAAAAUGAUAUGGAUUGGGUACCUACGUAUGCUAAAACCCACACGGACAAUCAAGGGAAUUGGGUUGAUCCGGUUGCUGAACAAAAUUACCGGAACAUACAACAGGCCACAAGUCAAUGGAGCGGUGAGGGUCCGCCAAUUGCCCCGUAUCAGGAAGCGUUGGGUGAGCGGCGAGGAUGGUACCGCGGGAUGGGGCCUAAACCUUCUUCCAACACGUCCUCGCACUCGUCAUCUAACAUGUCGUCUUCGCAAGCUCGGACGCAAGAACCCUUUUCCGAGGAUUUUGUUAACAGCUUGUUCCAAACCCCGUCAUUUUUGAACCAACUUAACAACUAUCUUGCUUCACAAGGAAAAGGAAAAGGAAAGUCAAAAGGCUACGAUUCUGACAACUUAUUCGAUAAUGAAUCCGACGAUGAACCCAACGAUAACGAUGACGAUGAGUGACUUGUUUUUAAUGUAUGCUUUGGAUUUAAUUAAACGUUGUAGGAUAUAAUGUACGACUUAAACGUAGUUUUUAAUUAUAUUACCUUUAGUAUAUGUUGAUUA